AUGAACCAAACGUGGCCGCAACAACCUUUUUUCCAGACAGAGAACGGCUACAAUACUCGUAUCCGAUACCUGGAGGAGGUCGUCCACCUUCUAAUCGCUAGAACAAACUUGGUUCCGCCAUCCCCUAUCUCCUCGCCUCCACUAUCCAGCUCAUUCCGAUACUCAACAGAGCGGGGCCUUAUUCCGUUGUUAUCGAAAGGAACAGCAGAGUCGUUGGAAAUUGCUUCGCGCAGCGACCGGACUUAUUAUUUUAAUCCUUCACCACACACUCGAUCUCCCACCGCGCAUCUUAUUUCAGCUCGUCUCUUCAAGCCACGCCCGCGAAGUUGUCCGAUUGUCACCCGCGGUAAAUCUCCGCUCUCGGUCCUCUCCAAAGACGAGAACGCAACCAGAGAUCCCAAGUCCGCUCGGCCAGCGAUCUUGACCGCGCCACCUCCAGUACUCAACAAGUUUGGAAGCUCGGCGACUGGCCCCGACCACUGGUCAAGCUCCAACAUGCGUUUAACCUGCAGCUCGCGGCCGCCUUCUUGUGCAUCCGUCACAGGCCUCUCAAGUCAAAACCCCGACGUUUGGACCUUCCUCUGUACUGCAAGCAAACAACUCUCCUCUCCCGAUCGCGCUCCUAGUACUUCUACUGACGCGGCCUUUGCUAGCAAGAUCGCUGUGACAGCUCAAGAUCCAACUGCGAUCUCACCCUUGCUGGAUCCUUCUGCUCAAACUGCCAAACUGCCCACCUCCGGCUCCGACCCGGCUACCUCCCCAACCUCUUCACACUCUAAAAACAAUCUUUCUCCUCGUCCGUCCACACCAGACACAACCAACACCUCAGAUCAUGAUCCUAUCAGUGUGAUUGUUAUCAAAGCAGACAAUCCGCUACCGACUUCCUUCCUUACUAAUCACAUUGCUUGUACUGCUGCAACUGCCACUCAGAUGUCGCUGACCCCCAAUCAAACAAUGGCAAACACCCUUCCAUCCACUCUCUCUAGUUCAGACUGCACUCCCACCAAGCAAUGUCCUAAAUCUGAAAAUAUAUUGAGCAGUAUAGUCACACCACCAGAACUUGCAGCUGCUCCCUUGGCCCCACCUGAAUCUUUUGAAUCAAAAUCUGUUUUAUCAUCCACUACUAAUUGUAGCUCAUCCCUGAUCUGCCCAACUGCCCAAAACUGCCUUGAAAACCUUGAGGUAGCUGCAGUCGGAGGCAUUGAAAUCUUAGAUAAUGAUGACAUUGAUUCUAUAGAAGCCCAAAUAGCCCCAGAAUAUUCACAAGCCACUCUAGAUUACUACAAUGACAUCCAAGAGUACCUCCAACAGGCCAAUGCGGAUGAGACUGAAACAAAGAAGAAGAGAAAAAAAAAGAAAAAGGCCAACCCAACUUCAACUCCCAACAAUCCGGUUUUAUUUUAUGUUUGAUACCAUCUAUUCACUUCUUUUCUUUCCCCUCUACUCCCUACCUUAAAUCUCACCUCCCCCUACUUUUUUCCUUGGCCCAAUCAUAAUCCUGUUUUUUUCUCUCUCUCUCUCUUGACUUCUCCUACUUGUUUUGAAAGCUCCUUUCCACCCUUCUCUCCAUUUUUCUUCUCAAAUCAGCCACCACUCUCAAAUUCUUCUCCACAAUUCCAAGCCACUUUCUAUUUUUUUUUUCUCUCAUUUUCUUACUGUCCUGGUUAUUGUUAAAUUUCCCCCCUUCUUCACUUUCUUUUAUAGGAGGGGAGACUGUAAGCCCUGCUCCUCACAGGCUUACACAAACCUGUCACAAGAUUACAUAAGCCAUUUCCACUUUUAUUUAGUCUCAUCUAUCCCCUUUACCUAGACAGCAGAGA